AUGCUUCUCCUUCUGCUGCGACCAACACACGUUGCUCUUCUUGCGAUUGUACUCGGCAUAUUCUUGACCACGGUGAACAUCUACCAAUUGCGUUCUCUGCAACAUCAACAUUACACCUUCUUCAACGCUGAUCGUUUGUCUGAACCAACUAAUCUCUCGAAGUCAAUCGCAGAAGAUGAUGCAAGAAAGCCGAUUGCGUGGAUUAAAGGCGAACGAAUGGAAUCCGGCUAUUUAUCUCAUGUUAUUUGGGUUUUCGAACGUCUUGGCUACAAGAUUCUAAAGGGUGAACAACAAAAACCAUCAAAUGAAAUCGAAUUCGAUGUCUUAUGGAGUCAUGAAUACCCCUUCUCAAAAAACGAGCUGAAACCCUUCCUUUCCAAACUCAAACCAUAUCAGAAGAUAAAUCAUAUACCCGGAUCUGGAUUCUACACCAGUAAAGUGAAUCUAGCAACUACGGAUAUUCUCGAAGGAAUACCGAAAGCUUUCAAACUGCCCACUGAAAAGGAUGACUUCUUGGAAUAUGUGAACGCGAAUGCAGAUUUGUUGUGGGUGAAGAAGAACAACGAACAUCGCGGCGUACGAAUACGUCAAAUUGAUGAUCUCGACCUGAAUGAAGCUGACUCCUUCGUCCAGCAAUACAUCGCCGAUCCCUUGCUCAUCGAUGGAAGGAAGUUCGAUAUUGGCAUAUAUACGGUAAUAACGUCGGUGAUGCCACUUCGUGUUUACGUUUAUGAAGGUGAUGCGUUGUUACGUUUCUGUCCUGAAGACUACUAUCCAUUCGAUUCGGAAAAUGUUAACAAAUACGUGAUUGGUGACAACUAUACGCCAACCUGGCAGAUGCCAUCACUUAAAAAGUACUAUGUUGAUGAGCAGAUGACUUUUCGAGAGACACUCAACGCCUAUUUGCGUUCGGUCGGCAAGGACGCCGACAAAAUUUGGGAAUCAAUGAAAGAUACAAUUGCUGAGGUUUUUCAAUCACAACAAACCAAUAUGCUCGCAGCAGGCAAGCGCUUCACUGAUAAAAGGUCAUUCUUCGAGCUGAGUCGCUUCGAUUUNAUGGAGUCGAAUAUGUCACCGAACCUAUGGUCGGGUCACUUCAUUGAAAACCAAUUACUCUAUGAACAAGUCAUCAUUAAUGUGCUCUCGCUGGUUGGUAUUGCAACACAUCUGCAUGGACAAUCAAUUCAACAUAGUUUUCGUGACAAGAACGUUCGGCAGAUGGAAGUAUCUGAUCGCGACUUGAGGGUGUACGCUGAAGAAUGCGCUCCGCAAGGUGCUCUUUGCUAUGGCAAGGAUGGCUGCAGCAAACAGCUGGUGAGUUGUCUCGAUUUUCGAUACCAGUUUGUGCUUUGCAUUGAAAUUGAUGUUGUCCUUCACUUGAGGGAGCUGGCCUCCAUCAUGUUCACCGAGCAUUCCAACAGUGCCACCAACUUGACGUGUUCUCGAAUCGCAUCCAACGAGAUUUUAAGACGUAUCAAUGAAGAUCAAAAUGAAAAUCUUCAGAGCGAUACUCUAAACAGAAUAUCAUCUAAAUCCCAUCGAUAA